AUGUCGCUCAUACAGUACGUGGAGAACAACAAAGUGAGCGACAACCACUGGUUCCACCUCGAAAGCAACGAGGCCGGGACACGUUGGUACGGCACGUGCUGGACGUACUACAAGAACGAGAAGUAUGAGUUCAAGAUGAACUUCGACCUCGCUGUCACGUACCCACAGGCCCCUCCGGAGAUUGCGCUGCCGGAGCUGGAGGGGAAGACGGUCAAAAUGUACCGUGGCGGAAAGAUCUGCAUGACGACGCACUUCUUCCCACUCUGGGCGCGCAACGUCCCGUACUUCGGCAUCAGUCACGCGCUUGCACUCGGUCUGGGCCCGUGGCUCUCGGUUGAGGUGCCGGCGAUGGUGGAGGAGGGUGUGCUCAAGCCCACUGGCGCAGCGGAGAAAUAA